UAUAAACUGAUAUAUUUUUUCUGAUACACACUGAAAUCGUGGAUAGACUCCGUGAAAUAUUCAUCAUAACGAUAUCAAUACAGCACUAGUUUUCGGUUUUUAGUGUAUACGCUGUGAAAUUUAUUUAACUGAUUUGAGGAUUACAACUAUACUUUGAAACUUUUUUCAACUGGUCUAAUUUUCUCGAAAACCAGCAAUGAUUUUUAAAAAACGGCACAUGCACAAAUUAAUUUUGAUAUGUUUACUUUUAGGUGUAUUUGUGAUAUGUGCUUACGUAAAUAUUCAUUUAAACAGCCGAACCGUGGUUCAUAGUCGCGUAGCAACAGAGUUACGUCAUGUUGACAACAGUGCAAUUAUUCAGGCCAUGAUGAUGAAAAAUUGGACGUUACAAAAUAGCGAUCUGGUAGUGAAGAAAUGUGAAGAGAAGCAUACAGUCGAUAAACAGCGGCUGUUUCGGGAUUUACUGAGUGAUGUUGUUAACCAGAAGAAAUAUCAGAGAAUCUCGUUGCUAGGUAACGGUCUGGAUACGUCACGUGACCCCCCGGGGGUGCUUCCAACGAGCGCCCAUUACGUAUGGUGCGGGGAGAAGCUGUUCAAGUUUGAAGACUAUCUGGGUGUUUUGAGCGUGGUGCGGGUUCUCAGGCCGCUGAAGUUGGUGUUUCACUACAACAAACUGCCGGUGGUUGACCGUUACUACCACACGUGGUUUCAAGAGCUAAAGCAGUCCCUGCCCAGUCUUGAGCUCCGAGAGGCUUCUAAGCUAAUCCGCUGUAACACGACCGACGCCUUGGACUACGGUCUGGAUCAGCUGGCGUCCAGCCCAGGCGGGGGGUUCUAUUUUGGGGAGCGGGCGCUGGUCACGUAUAUUCCUAAAGAAUGGCGCUCGGAGAAAUUCUUUACUUACGUCACAUCCGGUGCCAACCGCAGUGAACAGGUGUUUGUUUUAGCAUCUCAAGGUCACAUGGGCAACGGCUCAACUUUACAGCAGUACAAAAUCAACAUUUUAAACAGGUCGUUUGAAUGUCUGACCUUGGAUAAGUUCAACGCUGGCAAUAAUGGGACAGAGUUUAACACCAGGGGUCAGUUGUCUCAAAACUUGUCCCCCUGCCUGGCCGUGCCAGAUGGAAUCGUACCCGAGGACAUCAUUAACGAAACCUCGCCAUUCGCCUCUCUGGCGAGAAGAUUGUUCUAUGGCAAGUCGGAACCAGUGGCAGUUAGACAAGGCGAGGAUCCGAACGACCUGAUCCCAAACAUCGGACAUGUCGUGUCGUUGAACCCACAGCCAGGUUCUCCCGUCAAGUUCUUGUUCCAGCAUUACCUGGCAAUGCUUUCAGCCUUGUACCUGGCCAAAAUAGAAUGGAUAUAUGUUCACGGGGACACAGUGCCAUCUGGCGAGUGGUGGGACAGGCUGCAAGGGGAGAACAUCACAUUUGUUUACGUUGACGCUCUGAUGUCUGUCUUCCAGCAACAGAUCCAGGUCACCGCCCACAGAGCUGACGUUCUAAGGAUUCUGAUACUUUAUAAAUAUGGCGGCAUUUACUUUGACAGAGACGUGUUCUGGGCCACCCCACCGUCGACUGACCUACGCAGAUACCCUAGCAUCAUGUGCCUGGACUGGCCAUACUACCAAGAGUGGCCAAAAGGAGGAAGUAUCGGACUACUCCUGUCUAAACCUGCCGCCCCCUUCAUGAUCAAACUCUUAGAUUCAUUUUGGCUCUUCCGUGACAAUAUCUGGGAGUUUAAUGGCGUCUGGAUGCCGUACAAGGUCUUUGAGAGGAAUCCGGAGACGAUACUCAUUCAUAAGAGACUACAGGUAAUUUGUUUCGUUGGCGUAUGUCAUCCAGCCUGGCAUGAAGACUUCAUCAGACCAUACUCAGAGUCUAACAAACCAACACAGCCAUUCGACAUCAGGGAGGCCAAUGCCUACCACUUCACCUACCCCAAGCCGGACCCCAGCCUAGUAUCUUUCGCCACAAUAAGAAACCAUACAGAUAUACCAGCCCAACUUGGCAAGAUGUUGAUUGAAGCGAUUCAAAAAUCUGGCAAGCAACAUUUGAUUGUGGACAGCUAGCUUAGUUGUGAUUGUAAAAA